AUGGCGAACAGUCCUCGGUGGGCCUGCCUUGAGCAUCAUGGGUACCUCGUUAUUAUUCACGUUAUCUCGACAGAUUCGCGCGGCAAUCCCACCAUUGAAGUUGAUCUCUUCACGGAAGGGGGAGUUUUCCGAGCUGCUGUCCCCAGUGGAGCGUCGACCGGGAUCUAUGAGGCUCUCGAACUUCGCGACAAAGACCACAAAAGGUAUAUGGGAAAAGGCGUGACAAAGGCAGUGGACAUUGUCAAGAAGGUCCUGAAGCCGGCUUUGCUAGGCAAAGAUCCGUGUGACCAAAAAGGCAUUGAUAUCCUUAUGGUGAAGAAGCUGGAUGGAUCGAAGAGCGAGUGGGGAUAUUCGAAGUCGAAGCUUGGCGCAAAUACUAUCUUGGGGAUCUCUAUGGCUUGCUGCCGAGCGGGUGCGGCUGCAAAGGGCCUGCCUCUUUACAAGUACAUAGCGACACUAGCGGGCAAACCGACGGAGAAGAUGGUGAUGCCUGUACCGUUUUUCAACGUCAUUAAUGGUGGCGAACACGCGGGAAAUGGCUUAGCUCUUCAAGAGUUUCUCAUCGCGCCUGUUGGUGCACCGAACAUCCGUGAGGCCAUUCGGUACGGAUCGGAAACGUAUCACCACCUUAAAGCUGUGAUAAAGCAAAAGUACGGUUUGAACGCAACCAAUGUAGGCGAUGAAGGCGGGUUCGCUCCGAACGUGUCGAAUGCCGAGGAGGCACUAAAUUUGCUCGUGGAAGCCAUCAAGGCUGCGGGAUACGAUGGCAAGGUAAAAAUUGCGUUUGAUUCUGCCGCGUCGGAGUUUUAUAACAAAGAGGGUAAUAUAUACGAUCUAGACUAUAAGGGCAAAAACAAUGAUUCCUCGUCUCGCAUGACAGGCGUGAAACUCAAAGAAGUGUACGAGCAGUGGUUGAAUAGGUACCCGAUCAUUUCAGUGGAGGAUCCAUUCGAUCAAGACGACUUCGCUAAUUUUGCAUCUCUCACAAAGGAUAUCGGAGAGAAGACACAGGUAAUCGGUGACGAUAUACUGGUGACGAACAUCCUUCGUAUCGAGAAGGCACUAAAGGAGAAGGCAUGCAAUUGUUUACUGCUCAAAGUGAACCAGAUCGGUUCCGUAACCGAGGCCAUUGAAGCGUGCCUUCUUGCCCAAAAGAGUGGCUGGGGGGUGCAGGUUUCCCAUAGGUCUGGCGAGACAGAGGACUCCUUCAUAGCUGAUUUGGUUGUUGGACUUCGCUGCGGCCAGAUAAAAAGCGGUUCCCCCUGCAGGUCAGAGAGAUGCUGCAAGUAUAACCAGCUUAUGCGCAUUGAGGAGUGUCUUGGCAGUGACAGCAUCUACGCCGGCGAGAACUUUCGUCACCCGGAGUGA